UCCCCCAAGCGGUUGAGGUCAUUUGAUACUGUGUAGAUCCUCUAUAAAAGCAGAGGGAGUCCCUCAGCCUAUGUAAACCUCUCCUCCACGCCCCGUGCAUCACCAGAAUUAUUCUCCCAUUCCCCUUCCCAAGAACAGCCUGCCCCUCCCCCGCACCCCGCAUUGAUACCCCGCUACUCCAACUUUCCCCCAAGACGGCCAUCACCACCAUGGCGCCUCUCAUCACCCACCUCUACACAGCCGAUCCCUCGGCCCACGUCUUCGAGGGCAAGGUCUACAUCUACCCGUCGCACGACCGCGAGACCGAUAUCAAGUUCAACGACAAUGGCGACCAAUAUGACAUGGCCGACUACCAUGUCUUCAGCACCGACUCGCUGGACCCCCUCGCCCCCGUGACCGACCACGGCGUCGUGCUCAAGACAGAGGACGUUCCCUGGGUGUCGAAGCAGCUCUGGGCCCCGGAUGCCGCCUUCAAGGACGGCAAAUACUACCUCUACUUCCCCGCCCGUGACAAGGAGGGCAUCUUCCGCAUCGGCGUGGCCGUCGGCGACCGCCCCGAGGGCCCCUUCAAGGCGGACCCGGAGCCCAUCAAGGGGAGCUACAGCAUCGACCCGGCGACGUUUGUCGACGAGGACGGCCAGGCCUACAUGUACUUUGGCGGUCUCUGGGGCGGUCAGCUGCAGUGCUACCAGAAGGGCAACGACAUCUUCGAGGCCGAGUGGCAGGGCCCCAAGGAGCCCUCGGGCGAGGGCGCUCGCGCGCUGGGCCCCCGCGUGGCCAAGAUGACGGACGAUAUGCACCAGUUCGCGACCGAGGUGAAGGAGAUCGAGAUCCUGGCGCCCGAGACGGGCAAGCCGAUCGCCGCCGACGACCACGACCGGCGCUUCUUCGAGGCCGCCUGGAUGCACAAGUACAACGGCAAGUACUACUUCAGCUACUCGACCGGCGACACCCACUACCUGGCGUACGGCAUCGGCGACAGCCCCUACGGGCCCUUCACCUACGGCGGGCGCAUCCUCGAGCCGGUGCUCGGCUGGACCACCCACCACUCCAUCGUCGAGUUCAAGGGCCGCUGGUGGCUGUUCCACCACGACUGCGAGCUCAGCAAGGGCGUCAACCACUUGCGGUCUAUCAAAGUCAAGGAGAUCUUUUAUGACAAGGACGGCAAGAUUGUCACCGAGAAGCCCGAGUAGGCAAUGUAUAUAUGUUUGAAAACAAAAUAAAGUGGUUCUUCGCCC